CAUAGCAUAUUGAUCAGAACAUACCAUAUCAUGCAUAGACUGGCGGUAUGACAACACAUACUACUCUGUAAUAUGAGUGUUGUUACGCUGAACCAACAUUAUAAACGAAGCAAAAUGCCCUCCUCACCCAGUGGCGUCAGUAUAGAAUAUCAUCCGGCCCCAAUGGAUGAACAGGCGAGGAAGUGGUUUCAGCUGUAUGUCUUAGUGGGGUUCAGGGCCAUUACAUAACAGACUGGCUAGUGUCACGUUACUCGAUACUAAAACAAUACCACAACAACAACAGAAAGAAGGCGUAUUAGACAAAUUCCCAGAAUGGCACUUGAUCCAGACAGAUAAACUCAGCUACAGUUUUGCAAUCCCUUUGACUUUGUUUUUACUAAUCUAAGUACCAAACAACAUAAUGGUCAUUUAUUUGAAUGGUAAAUCUGCAUGGAUAAACCGGGAGAAUCCAGAUGUAGCCUAUAGGUCUAUUCACAAUACAGGUGAAUGCAUAAUAUUCAACAGGAUUGUGUGCAUUGAGCUUGUUGUAGCUGAUAUUAUGGGGCUACAGAUGAUAAGCAAUCCUUUCCAUUUAGGACUUAUUUUAUUGGCAACUGUUAGAACAUAUUAUUUUGUUGUACUGAUCAACAUUUGCAUAGAAGAAGCAAUAUCUUUUAUCAAAGUGUGUGGUGUCUCUUCAAGAAAGUAAUGAGGUCAUUUGCAAGGCAGAAUGUGGCUGUGGAAUCUGACUUUGUGGCUAAGCAAACCAGACUGGAGGCGAGGGAGACUAAGGGUGCGUUGGUAAAUUCACUCUGGCUAGAGCAGAUUAAAAACGGAUCAAUUUACAAAUGCGCAACACCUGUUGAAUAUUACCGGUGUCAGUAAACAUUGGCAAAAAAACAACUAAAUUGUUGCCAGAAUCACAGUUAGUCACCAACGCUCUAGAUAACAUGAAAACAGCCUAACCAGCUCUGCUGGAGCGAGUAAAAUGGUCAGAGUGAGGUGUUCUCUCAUUUAUCUCUGGAAGUAGCUAGCCAGCUACAGAACGCUCGGAUCAACCUUUCUCCUCAGCCAGAGCGUCCAGCGUACACUCUGAACGCUCCCGAGAGCGAAACACUCUGAAUUUACGAACGACCCAGAGCACAUUCUGACACUGUAAGCAAUUUACAGGGAAACUCCCUCUUUUGGCAUGGUGCACAACCACCGUGGCGUUAGAAUGGAUCCUCUGGAAGGACCUAAGCUCCACCCCUAUAACCAACACUAACCUUAACUUCUAUGCAACUAAGCCACGCCCAUAGCCACUGAUUGGAUCUGUGGUGAACUGCGUCCUUAGCGAGGACUUGUUCUAGGAGAGACCCAUGGGCUUCCUCACUCUAGUGGAGUCUUGGCCCUUCAAAUCCACAGUGAUUAGGUAGUAACGAGUACAGGAGCCUUCAUAAUGAUGACGACAUGAGGAGCUGGGGAGCCAAGAAGCGGUUGGAAAAGAGAGGAAACUCAAGCUUGGUUGUGCUUUCCAGUGAGGAUGAGGAGGACAUGGAUGAUGAAGAAGAGUGCCCCAAGCUGAAGACCCCACAACAUAGCCCCAGGCAAGGCCAACCCACCCCAGAAGAACAUGUACCCAAACAGGCUGGAGAGAAGGUCACGGGGUCACAGAGCGUAUCGGAGCACCAACCUGGCAGCACACAGCCGCUGCCUCCUAUCAUGGAACUGUCCUUCUCUACACUGCACGCUGGGGUGGUCCGAGCGCAGGCCAAUGGAAACCUGGUGGUAACAGAUGAUGGCAUCACUCUACCGCUGAAAGAUUCCAGGGUGUCAUCCGAGGAGGAGGGGGGGGUGUCGGUGAGCCUGGUGGCAUCCCAGCUCAGAGGGUACGCGGUGUGGGACGGGGGUCUAGCCCAAGACGGGAGUCUCUUCCAGGGUUGUCCCGGCCGAGCGGCCCCCUCCCUGCUCUUCCUCUGGGUGUCUGAGGCUCAGGCCAACCUGGUACAGACAGAGCUCUCAGCCCUCCACCCCGUUACACUGCCUGGUCAGGCCUGUCCAUUCCUCCUCCUGGUCCUAAGAGAACAGCUGGGUGAUCUGCAGGCUGCUCUGCUAGCCUCCAUGCUGGAUGUAGAGGCCUUCCGUCAGGGCCGCUCCUACGACCUGAAGAGUCCCCUGUCCUGGGCAGACGGCCUGGCACUGAUACACAGCUGUCCCCAGGACGCCCACCUCCUCACCCUGCUGGGGCAGAGCCUGGUGGCAGACCCCGGCCUGGGGACAGCAAAGGGGAGCCCCAGUCGGACCAGAGGGAACCACAGAAGCAGAGAGCCCUGCUCCAGACUCAAGGGCCUGCUGCCCACCAGGUUGAUCCAGUACCCACCACUCCCUUCUAAAGGAGGAAUCACCGUGACAACAGAGGACCUAGACUGUCUGGACAGUGGCCAGUUCCUCAAUGAUGUCAUCAUUGACUUCUACCUUAAGUAUCUUCUCCUGGAGCGGGCCCCGGGGCCCCUGGCAGAGAGAUGUCAUGUCUUCAGCAGCUUCUUCUACAAGCAGCUGACCCGCCGGGACACGUCCCUGGAGGAGGAGGCUGCCAUCCCGGCCAGGGACAGGAGACACCAGAGGGUGAGGACGUGGACCCGCCAUGUUGACAUCUUCAACAAGGACUACCUGUUUGUGCCGGUCAAUCACAAAGCCCACUGGUACCUUGUGGUGAUCUGUUUCCCUGGCCUGGAGCAGGCCCAGCAUGAGGAGUGGUCCAGCCCAGCUGGAGUGGAGGCCAACGGGGGGAAGAGGAAAUGCCAGCCCCAGGCUUCAACUGGGCCUUCUCCAGAGGCCAGCAACCCCAAACUGCAGAACGGAGCAGGGGGAGCCAGUGGGAAACCUACAUUGAAGCCCCACAACCCACCAGCAUGUACCCAAGAUGGUUGUCAGAGGGAGACCAUCAUUAAGAAACCCUGCAUUCUCAUCAUGGACUCCCUGAAGAUCUCUUACCAUGAGAGCAUCUAUAAGCUCUUGCGGGAUUACCUACAUGUAGAGUGGGAGGUGCGUAGAGGAACACGCAGAGACUUCACUGUAGACAGUAUGAAGGCUUCCCACUGUACAGUCCCUCUACAGGACAACAGCAGCGACUGUGGCCUCUACCUCCUGCAGUACGCGGAGAGCUUUCUGCAGAACCCAGUGGUGCACUUUGACCUCCCCCUGCGUUUGGAGCGCUGGUUUCCACGGCAACAGGUGUGGAGGAAGAGGGAGGAGAUCCGAAGCCUGGUGAUGGAGCUGCACGGUUGCCGGGGCAACGGCGGGAGCAGCUGCAGGUAGCCACGGUACCUGAUCAGCAAUGCACUACUACUACAAUACCGCUAAACUGUGAAGGACUUUGACUUUUUAAAUGUACAAUACAAGGAAUAUUUAUACUAUUUUUGUAUUACUAUUUUUUAAAUAAAAUGUCACAGGAUGUUUGUUUCUCACUUGUAUGUAAUGUGAAUAUACAAAAUAAUAGGAUCGUAAAAUGGAAUAAAAUUGUUCAUGUAAUGUUUAGUUUUUAUGUUAUGUUAUAGAAGAGAGCAUUUGGAAUGGACAUAUGAGUGAGUGCUCAAAUCUAGUUUGCUGAGCAAAAGUGUAACUCAUGUAUCCAGAACAGGUUUCUUUUUCAAAUGUCCUUAUGACUCACACAUAAAACCACUAUAAAUAUUAAAGUCAAUAUUACUCAGUUAUUCCUGUUCAGUGUGUCAGGCUGUUGUUUCUGACCAUCAGUCAUAAAGGACCCAAUAUGCACAUGAUUGUUUGCAGCUGCUCAACAAUAGUGUUAUCACACUAGUCAACACGUUGGCAGUGUUUUAGUUUUGGCUCCUCAUGUUGUAGCUGCUUCGUUUGUAAGAGAAACCCAAUGUUCCAGUGAGGAACACCAAGUAAGCUUUACACAAUGACCACUUGUAAUAUGAGGAUUAGAACAGCACCUCUCCCCUGUUCUGUUUACAGGCAGAACUCAAUUCCCCUUUGUGUUUGUGCUGUAUGAAAGUCUAUGGACCUGACUCACUCUGUCAUCAGAAAUAACAUUGUCCCCACACAGUAAAGGGUUUCCAUUUGAGUUUCUGUUUGUUUUCACGGUGUAAACAUUGAUUUGUUAAUGGCAUGUUUAUAAUGAUGUAUUUCUAAUGUGGUAUAUUCCUGGAUUAAAGAUGCCCCCAAUGUCUACCUAGCAACGGCUGGACAGAACUCUUCUGUCACCAUCACAAUAUUGUAGAGCGAGAAUCCCAGAUAUGACCUUUUAAGUUAUUGUGUGUUUUUCACACGGGUACAGUUAAUAGGUUUUUCAGUUUGGGUCGUUAACACUAAGUCUGAUAGGAUAUGUGCUUAACCAUAUGUACUUAAUUGGGUUAAGUUGGUAGUUUUUGGAUAAUUGGAGUCUUUGGUGCAGCCUCUCACAGCAUGUGGGCCCCAGACAGAGCCCUCUUAGAUAGGACAGAGCCCUCCUCCACCCCUACUGUUGUUGGAAGGGUAACGGUCACCCCCCCACACCUCCAAAAUGAGUUGGGCUACCCUUUUCCUAUUCGCCCCAUCCAAAUCUCUACCCCAUUGAUUUAGCCACGGUCAGAAAAUGGCCCCACUACUACAGUAUACAAAUGAGUGUUUAUCAAUUCUUCCAUAUUGUUAUUCUAAUACUAUAAUUAUGUUGGCUUUAAUUCUGUCUUAUAGUUCAGUUAAAGCCGUAUAGUCAAAUGCAGUAGCGGGUUUGAAGUUCUAAGUUGUGCUGUUAAGAUAAGGCCAUAGGUCGACUGGUUCACUAUGGAUGGGCUUUACGGGUUCAAGGGUUCCAUAGAAUGAACCAAGGACAUCCAUACUGCUUAACUUGUCUUCCACCUUCCAGCCUACAACUACUAAUGCAUUGGUUUAGGCUCUGGAGAUCAGGACUGAGAUCUAUGUCCUUCCAAUAGACCGGUCCAGAUAGUCAACAGGUAGUCUGGAGACGUGUUUUAUAGAGAACCGUGUUAAAGCAGUUUGAAGUUUUGUUUUAAUUUACAGAUAGUUUAACCCAUUUAAAUGGGCUAACAUCAAAUCUACUUUGUAAUGACAAUAAAGAAACUCCAUCAAG